AUGCUACCGACUUAUAUCGCUGGUACUUCCAAUUCAUCGGAAUAUUGCUACAACCCUGCAUGUGUAUUAUCUAACCGCUACGGGAUAAAUGCAAUCGAUAUCAAAAAUGACAUUUUGAUCACUGGAGACAAUAUGGGCUACAUCUCUACUUGGGAUCUAGACUUACAAUCUCAAAUGCGUAGCACCAAACUAGACACUGGGAUUAUCAAUGUAAAAUUUGCUAACAAUUGUCUGGUUUCUCAAUCAAAGGAGGAACUAGCCCUUUUAACGGUAAACGUUGACACUUUUUUGAAACGUACAGAUUCCAAAAGCUGCACCUUUGCCAGAUUUGUGCUUCUAGGCGACAAUUCAAUUAUCGCACAUCCAAACCCACAAAUACACGGUGACAUAUCCAUCAUUUCUAGUGCCCAUAACAAUUUGACUCAAAUAUACAAUAUAAAAAUUACUACUGACAAAAAUUUGGGCUCAUUACAUGUUCUAAAAGGAAUUACAGACCUUCAAUUUAUCGCAUCAUAUGAAAUAGGUUCCCUUUUCACUUUCGAUAUAAGGAAAUUGGAUAGCCCUAUUACCGACCCAAUUUACAUAAGUACAACUGCACCAAUACAUUCAGUUGAGUUUUUCAAUGGCAUUAUCUAUGCUGGUACGGCCGAAGGUGAAUUAUACUCGGCAAAUGGUGGAAAUGUUGAUAAAUGUUAUGCGAUGAAAAGUUACUCGCAACCAGCAAAUGUAGGCAUUGGGAAUAUUUUAAAAUACAAAGACCUGUUAAUUUUGACUUGUUGGGAUGGCACUGUACGAGUUCUGGAUCCCGUUAAUUUUGCUGAAAAAAUCAUCUUCCAUGGACACAGCUCUACUGUUACAGAUCUUGCAGUAGAUACCACAAAUGACGUUUUAUUCACAUCAGGAAUUGACGGAAGAAUUUGUAUAUGGGAUACAAAAUUAAUCAAACGAUGUUGA